AUGGCAUCAUUCAUUCAGACUUUCUUGACUAAAAUUCUACAUACCCUAUAUUUUAUUCCAUCCACCAUCUAUGACAUGAUCAUCUCGAAUUUCUUAACAAAAUACAGCUAUGAAAGACUAGUCUUUUAUAUGAACCAAAGAAACCCCAAAAGGAUCCUGGACAUCGGAGUGGGAACAGGUUCUCCAUUGAAACACAUCUGGAAUCAAUUGCCAUAAAAUUGCGAAGUCUUGGGAGUGGACAUCGAUCAAGCCUAUGUGUUGAAAGCCAAUAACAUUUUUAGAAAUUAUAAUUUAGGAGGACGUAAACUGGAAAUUAGAUAUCAAAACUUCUAUGAGGUGUCCGAAAGGAAGGAAGGAAAGUUUGAUGCCGUAGUCUUCUCCUCGUCUUUCAUGCUCAUGCCCAAGAGGAUUGAAGCUCUUGAAUUGGCUAAAUCGUUGCUAAAUCCAGGGGGAUCUAUCUAUUUCAUUUUGACUCUACAACCAGACAGUAAGAAGAAUUCAACCUUCCUCCAAUUUGUCGAGUACAUCAAACCCAAGAUCAAGUAUUUCACAACUAUCGAUUUCGGAUAAAUCACAUACGAAUAGGAGUUCGAAACUUUGUUGACCAAAACUCAAUUGAAAAUUGUGAACAAGGAGAAGCUUAAUAAGGAGUUCAACAUCCCAACCAAGAUUUUCAGGGUUUUCGUUUAUGAAACCAAGGCAUGA